AUGAAAGGCUUCCGGCAGAGGGUUCAUGAGCAGCUUUCUCGUGCCAAGGACCCCAACAAGUCCUCAAAGUCGAAAAGUAAAGGCGAACCAAAAGAUGGAACCUCGUCGCCAUCAUGGAAAGAACCAGCCCAAUCAUCUCACGCAACUCCAAAUUCUUCGACUGCCGCACUUCAUGAUUUUCGAAAUAAACCACUUCCUCCCCAUGAUGGCAUCCCACUUCACCAUGGAACGCCCAGCUCUAACGCGCAUCGAAUAACUAACACAUCAGGUUCAAUUCACGGGAUGACUCCCGGUUCUGAACGUUUCUAUUCAGGAGGCGGCUUACUCAAUCUUGGAUCACCAGGAACACCUAUCAGACAUAGUCACAUGCCUCCCAGCGUAAUUGUUAGUCCAACAGGCACCCAUUUAUCUCUUCCAGGAGGUCUCGAGACCAUGCCUCAUGAUCUUGCUCCGCCCAAAGCUGGACAGAAAUCUACUAUGUUUGACCGCCUCCAGACCACCCCGAGAGAUGUUCCAGAAGGAAUCAGAACUCCUAAGAGACAACACUCUUCUAGAUUCGACAUAUCUCCACAGCGUGAGCUUGAGAAGCUACCAGGCUUUCACGAAGUACCACCAAACAGACGCCAGGAACUAUUCAUGCAGAAGAUUGACCAGUGCAACAUUCUGUUUGAUUUCAAUGACUCCAGUGGUGAUUUGAAAUCUAAAGAAAUCAAAAGAUUAGCCCUGCACGAACUUCUUGACUAUGUAACCAAUAAUAGACAAGUAAUAACAGAAGCUAUGUACCCGCGGGUUGUGGACAUGUUCAAUAAGAACUUAUUUAGACCUAUACCACCACCUAUGAAUCCUCAAGGCGAAGCAUUUGACCCAGAGGAAGAUGAACCUGUUCUCGAAGUUGCAUGGCCUCACAUACAAGUUGUCUACGAGUUUUUCUUACGCUUCAUCGAGAGCCCAGAUUUUAAUAUUAACAUCGCUAAGGCAUAUGUAGAUCACAGUUUUGUUUUACAGUUGCUUGAACUUUUUGACUCUGAAGACCCUCGUGAACGGGACUUCCUCAAAACCACGCUCCACAGAAUAUAUGGAAAAUUUCUUAAUCUCCGAUCCUAUAUACGGAGAUCGAUCAACUACGUCUUUUUUCAAUUUGUUUAUGAGACAGAGAGAUUCAACGGGAUUGCCGAGCUACUUGAAAUUCUGGGUUCGAUUAUUAAUGGCUUCGCGCUUCCACUAAAGGAAGAGCACAAGCUUUUUCUCACGAGGGUACUCCUACCCAUGCAUAAAGUAAGAAGUCUGAGCAUGUACCAUCCGCAACUGGCAUAUUGUAUUGUUCAGUUCCUAGAAAAGGAUUCAGCAUUAACGGAAGAGGUGGUGCUUGGGCUGCUUAGGUACUGGCCAAAAGUAAAUAGCACAAAAGAGGUUAUGUUCCUGAAUGAAGUGGAAGAUAUCUUUGAAGUCAUGGACCCUAAUCAGUUUACCAAGGUGCAUGAGCCUCUAUUUCAACAGCUCGCUAAGUCAGUUGCGAGCCCACAUUUCCAGGUUGCUGAGCGAGCUCUUUACUUCUGGAAUAACGAAUACUUCUGUAAUCUUGUUACCGAAAACGUUGGGACUAUACUUCCUAUAAUGUUUGCAUCUCUGUACGAAAACUCCAAAGACCAUUGGAAUCGAACUAUUCACGGUAUGGUUUAUAAUGCUAUGAAGCUCUUUAUGGAAAUAAGCCCUCAGCUAUUUGAUGACUGCUCGCAGUUCUAUACUGAACAACAAUAUAAUGCUGUAGCUCGCGAACAGGCCCGAGAAAAUAAAUGGAAGGUACUAGCAGAUCUAGCUUCUAGAAGUUCCGCUGAAAGUUCUGCACGGCCUGCGAAAGCAAAAAUUGAAAAUCUAGAUAUGCUGGAGGAAACACAGAGAGGAUUGGAUUCGCUUAAGUUACAGGACAGCGAACGUCGAGAGCGAAUACCCAUACAUGGUCGCCAAAGCUCAGAAAGUUCCUUCAAAAGUAAACGAUAA